AUGACUAAACUGUGGCCUAUUUUGAAAGCCUCUAAACUUAUUCCUCAUUGUUGGAUCCCGUUUAGUUCAACUUUAUCUCGUCGUCACUUUUGUGUGAAUAAAACGCCGAGUAAAAAUGUUUUUGCGGUAACUGGUAUUCAAUCAAGUGGAAAACCUCAUCUUGGAAAUUAUCUUGGUGUUAUUAAACCAUGCAUUAAAUAUUGUCGUAACAGUGAUGUAUCACAGUUUUUUAUGAUAAUAGCUGAUUUACACGCUCUUACAUCACAAAAUUGUGCAACCUUAGAGCAUCAAAUUCAUGAACUUGCAGCAACUCUACUUGCCUGUGGAUUUGAAAGAAAAUCUUUGAAACAGCUCAUGUUUUUACAGUCAUCUGUAGCUGGUCAUACUGAACUGGCGUGGAUUCUGUCGUCAGUCUGUUCCUUUCGUAGAUUAGCUCAUUUACCUCAAUGGAGAGAAAAGUCUGGUUACUAUAACACAGCAUCCAAUGUUCCGGUGACUGAUGAUCGACAAAUAACUGACGUGUGUGAUACUGUCUCUGUCGGUUUAUUUACAUAUCCUGUUUUACAAGCCGCCGAUAUACUUCUUUAUGGAGCAAAUGUUGUUCCAGUUGGUAUUGAUCAGAUAACUCAUAUUGAAUUGGCACGUGACUUGGUUCGAUCAGCUGUACAAAAAUGGCCUUCCUUAUCUUCUAUUCUACAAAUUCCAGAUAGUCUUAUUUUCGAGACACCGAAAAUAACCGAUUUAAGAAAUCCAACUAAGAAGAUGAGUAAAUCAGAUACAUCAGAAUUUGGGAUUGUCUAUCUUACAGACUCUCCAGAUGCUAUUCGUAAAAAGAUUAAACGUGCUGAAACUGACAGUAUCCGAGGAAUUAGUUAUGAUAUUGUAGAACGUCCUGGUGUAUCGAAUUUAUUAAGAAUACUAGCUGCUAUUGAGGAUCGUCAAAUUGAUGACAUUCUUUCAACUGCAAGUCAAUGGAGUAAAGAAGAUUUAAAGUCAAGAGUUACAGAUGCUCUCGUUGAAGAAUUUGAUCCUAUUCGUAAACGUAUUGAUGAGUUAAUGUAUACAGAAGAUGGUCAAUCUAUUGUAACUGAGUGUUUAACAUUCGGUGCAGAACAAGCCAAUGAAGUAGCUGGUCAUACUGAACUAGCGUGGAUUCUGUCGUCAGUAUGUUCCUUUCGUAGAUUAGCUCAUUUACCUCAAUGGAGAGAAAAGUCUGGAUACUAUAACACAGCAUCCAAUGUUCCCGUGACUGAUGAUCGACAAAUAACUGACGUGUGUGAUACUGUCUCUGUCGGUUUAUUUACAUAUCCUGUUUUACAAGCUGCCGAUAUACUUCUUUAUGGAGCAAAUGUUGUUCCAGUUGGUAUUGAUCAGAUAACUCAUAUUGAAUUGGCACGUGACUUGGUUCGAUCAGCUGUACAGAAAUGGCCUUCCUUAUCUUCUAUUCUACAAAUUCCAGAUAGUCUUAUAUUCGAGACACCGAAAAUAACCGAUUUAAGAAAUCCAACUAAGAAGAUGAGUAAAUCAGAUACAUCAGAAUUUGGGAUUGUCUAUCUUACAGACUCUCCAGAUGCUAUUCGUAAAAAGAUUAAACGUGCUGAAACUGACAGUAUCCGAGGAAUUAGUUAUGAUAUUGUAGAACGUCCUGGUGUAUCGAAUUUAUUAAGAAUACUAGCUGCUAUUGAGGAUCGUCAAAUUGAUGACAUUCUUUCAACUGCAAGUCAAUGGAGUAAAGAAGAUUUAAAGUCAAAAGUUACAGAUGCUCUCGUUGAAGAAUUUGAUCCUAUUCGUAAACGUAUUGAUGAGUUAAUGUAUACAGAAGAUGGUCAAUCUAUUGUAACUGAGUGUUUACAAUUCGGUGCAGAACAAGCCAAUGAAGUAGCUUCGAAGCGUCUAGAAUUAAUUUAUUCAACGAUUGGUUGUAAACUACCAUCUGGAAAGAGACAUUCCAUGCCAUCCUCUAAUGUGAACACUAUUAAAACUGGUACUAGAAUAUCGAUCUGACUUUCAGCUAUUUUUCUUCCUUACUUCGUAUAUCUUGAAUACUCCUCUCUGUGUGUAUAUAUAUCAUGACAACAUUGUAGAUAGCAGUUUUUGUAUACAUAUUAUUUUAUACGCUGUUGUAUGAUAUCUUCACCACCCCCAACCUUAUUCCUAAUUAGUUGGUGUGUGAUAUCCCUUGUCUAUAAUCAGUUAUUAUGAAUAAUACAACUAUUGUUUAAUUACAAACUUUGUAAAAUAUAAGCGGAGAUUAAAUUCGGCACCUAUAGCUGGCUGGCUGGAUUCAACAUAAAACUUGCCACCGACGUGCAGCACCUCGAGUUGCCACGUUCCA